UCGGAUACUUGGCCUUUGUUCCCUCUCUCCUUCCUGCUAUAACCGUCACCGGCCGUGUUUGACUUUCUCAGUGUGACAGUGGCGAGUUUCUCAUUCGCCCUCCUUCGUUUGGGAUAGAAGCGAAUACUCGGAAGUGAGAGCUCAGGGGGAAAGGAGGGUAAAAAGCAUGUGUUGUACGGGGAAGUGUGCCCGCCUGGUGGGCCUGAUCCUGCUGCCUUCGGCCUUCAUCUGCAUGAUCGCCAACCUGCUGCUGUUCUUCCCCGACGGGAAGCGUCUGGAAAAUGAUCAGAUCUCCCUCCAGGUCUGGCUCAUGGGGGGCCUCAUCGGAGGAGGCCUCUUUAUGUUGUGCCCGAGCUGCUCCGCUAUCAGGGCCGGGGGCAAGGGUUGCUGUGGAAAUGGUUGCUGCGGCAACCGUUGCCGGAUGCUGAACUCGGUGUUCUCCUCUGCGUUCGGGCUGGUCGGAGCCAUCUACUGCACCAGUGUGGCCUCUGCCGGUCUGGCUAUCGGACCCAAGUGCCAGGUGGCCGGGGGCCAAUGGAAAUACCCCUUUGAAGACCUCGGCACAGGUAACAGCAGCUACCUCGUGAACCAGACGCUGUGGGCGACGUGCGAGUUCCCCAAGAACGCGGUGAUGUGGCACGUGGUCCUGUUCUCCAUGCUGCUGGCCGUGGGGAUGGUGCAGCUGGUGCUCUGCGGCAUCCAGGUGGUCAACGGAUGCAUAGGGUGCAUCUGCGGGGACUGCCGCGAAAGGAAAGAUGAUGACGGCGGACUGUGAAAGUGACGACGACGACCUGGUCGCUCACAAGGGCCGGGACGCCUUUCUGCAUUCGAUACUCCUUUAAUCACGUGAAAUCUUUGCUCCCUUUUUGUUUGAAUUGUAUUCCAGCAGAUGGUUCAUCAUCAUUUAUUGUGGAAUGGGUCAUUAAGUCGACAGCAGACUCCACGUUGGACUUGCGUACCAGCUGAACGUGACACACAUGGCACAUCAGUGAAGAAUGAAUAAAUCGUAUACCUGACCA